UACACUUUAGGAGUCCUGCCAAAGGAUGGAUUUAAAUUAUAUUGGAAUUAUUAAGACAUAAUUGUAGUAUUUUCAUUAUAAAAUGAAAAGGGGUGGGUCUUUCGUACAUCACCUGGGUACUGGGGUAAAUGGAAAGGACGUCAAUCAAAGGCUGAGCUUUCAGAGCAGGGAAGGAGCUCUAGAUGGCGGCUGAGCCUUGGAGCGGAGCGCGCAUUGAGAAACGCUGGGCUUUCUCAAGCCACUUUCCAGCAACUAAAAAAAAAAAUCUUUGAGCCUGCCGCAGGGGCCAAUGAAAGAAAACAUAGGCUGCUUACGAUUAAUUUAGUCUAAAAAUUAAAGCCGUUUUUGUGCUAAAUUGACGCUUUCGUCGAGAGGAGUACUACUGUGCUGUCUGCGCGAGUCGUUGUUUUCCCAGCCUUAGUACGAGGCAGCCAUGGCGCACCUCCAUUUUUAGACCGCUGUGUUAACGUGCUGCUGCCUGUUAUUUACUUAUGUACUGUGGAUAUUAGUAACUGAAUUUGAUUUCGGAUUUAAACAAAUUAACGAAUAUACAUUUUAAACGAAGUAGUUUAUUUUCCGAAAUCGCGAAACUGAAUAAAUAGGGUACUCGUCGGCCAAACUGGAAAGCAAGACGAUUCUACCUGUUUGUACAUGGAAUCGUAAAUACCAGGACUUCAGAUCACCUCAAAUAAAACUUUUCAGGAUACACGAUGAUGAAGAAUAAAACUAUAAAACAGGAGGAAGAAGGCUCUACCCAAAGCAAUGCAUCAAGCAAUUCUGCUUCAGAGGAGUCCAACCACUCGGCCUCUGAGUCCGGGAGCCAAUCGGAGAGCGAGCAGGGCCGUGGGAGGGUGCGGCCCCACCACUCCGAGUCCAACAGCACCUCGGACUCAGAGAGCCGGUCAGAGUCAGGCAGCGAGUCAGCCGGCUCAAAGUCCCAGCAUGCCUCAGUGGAGGUGAAGGAUAAGCCAGUCAGGAAGAAGGAUAAGCUGGCUGAUGUAAAAAAGAUGUGGGAGGAGCACCCGGAUGUUUACGGCGUCAGACGGUCGAACCGCAGCCGUCAGGAGCCGGCUCGGCUGAAUAUCGGAGCAGAGGGCAGCAGCGAUUCGGAAAGCGAAAGUCCCAAGCGGAAAGGACUCCGGCAGAAGAAGAGAGAAAAUACCUGGAAAGAUGAUGGCUCAAAUGACGACGAAGAGGAGGAGGAUGAUGAUGAUGAUGAUGAGGAGGAUGUGACCAGCAGUUCAGACAGUGAUCAGGAAGAGAAUAAAGUUAGAUCCAGACGUCUCCCAGCCCGAAGACCGCAGACCAAAACAGCAGCAGCUAAAAAGCAGCAACCACAGAAGACCAAGAAGGUGAAAAAGCAGGAGUCAUCUGAUGAUGAGGAGGAAGAGGAUGACGAUGAGGACGAUGAGGAUGAAGACACGCCGAAGAGGCAGACUCGGCGGAGAGCGGCUACGAAAGUCAGCUACAAGGAAGAUCAGAAUGAUUUUGAGACGGACUCUGAUGACCUCAUCGAGAUGGUGGGUGAGGGGGCGGAGGAGCAGCAGGAUGAUGACAGUGAGAUGAUAGAGAAAGUCAUGGACACCAGAACUGGGAAGAAAGGAGCCAACGGGGCGGCGACCACACAGUACGCUGUGGAGGCUGGUGGGGACCCAGGGGCCGGGUUUGACCCAGAGAAGGACGAGGGAGAAACCCAGUACCUGAUCAAGUGGAAGGGCUGGUCCUACAUCCACAACACCUGGGAGAGCAUGGACUCUCUCACUCUGCAGAAGGUCAAGGGCCUGAAGAAGCUGGAGAACUUCAAGAAGAAGAAUGAUGAGCUCAAUCUGUGGAUGUCAAAAGCUUCCCCUGAGGAUCUGGAGUACUACAACUGUCAGCAGGAACUGACCUCAGACCUCAAUAAACAGUUCCAGAUUGUAGAGAGAGUCAUAGCCACAAAGACAGGGAAGACACAGGGACCAUCUGAUUUCCCCUCACACAGUCAUAAGACGACGCCUUCUUCCAACGAGCCGGAGUACCUGUGCAAGUGGAUGGGCCUGCCCUACGCAGAGUGUAGCUGGGAGGAUGGAGCUCUCAUCGGCAAGAAGUUCCAGCACUGUAUCGACAACUUCAGCCACCGCAAUAAUAGCAAAACCAUCCCUUCCAAAGACUGCAAAGUUUUGAAGCAGAGGCCGAGGUUUGUCACCCUGAAGAAGCAGCCAUCUUACAUUGGAGGGGAGAAUCUGGAGCUGCGAGAUUAUCAGCUGGCUGGCCUGAACUGGCUCGCUCACUCCUGGUGCAGGUGUAACAGCGUCAUCCUGGCUGACGAGAUGGGCCUGGGGAAGACCAUCCAGACCAUCUCCUUUCUGUCCUACCUGUUUCACCAGCACCAGCUUUAUGGGCCCUUCCUGCUGGUGGUGCCCCUGUCCACUCUCACCUCCUGGCAGAGGGAGUUCGACAUCUGGGCCCCCGACAUGAAUGUAGUGGUGUACCUGGGCGACGUCUUGAGCAGGAAGACGAUCCGUGACUAUGAGUGGGUAAACCAGCAAUCAAAGAGGAUACGAUUCAAUGCACUUUUGACCACCUAUGAAAUUCUGCUAAAAGACAAGGGCGUUUUAGGUAGUAUAAACUGGGCCUUCCUUGGUGUGGAUGAGGCUCAUCGACUGAAGAAUGAUGACUCCCUGUUGUAUAAAACCCUGAUGGAUUUCAGGUCCAACCACAGGCUUCUGAUCACUGGGACCCCCCUGCAGAACUCCCUCAAGGAACUCUGGUCACUGCUACACUUCCUAAUGCCUGACAAGUUUGACUCGUGGGAGGAUUUUGAGGACAAACAUGGUAAGGGCACGGACAAUGGCUACCAGAGCCUGCACAAGGUGCUGGAACCCUUCCUGCUGCGGAGGGUGAAGAAGGAUGUAGAGAAGUCUCUACCAGCCAAGGUGGAGCAGAUCCUCCGUGUGGACAUGACUGCACAGCAGAAGCAGUUUUACAAGUGGAUCCUCACUCGAAACUACAGAGCUCUGUCUAAGGGUACGCGUGGGAGCUCUUCGGGAUUUCUCAACAUCGUCAUGGAGCUGAAGAAGUGCUGUAACCAUGGUCACCUCAUCAAACAGCCUGAGGAUGUGGACAGCACAACACAGCUGGAGCACCUACAGAACAUCGUGCGGGGCAGUGGAAAGCUGGUUCUCAUGGAUAAGCUGCUAACCAGACUACGGGAGAGGGGCAACCGUGUGCUCAUCUUCUCUCAGAUGGUCCGAAUGCUGGACAUUCUCGCGGAGUACCUGGCCUUCAAACGCUACCCCUUCCAGCGCCUGGACGGGUCAAUUAAAGGAGAGAUUAGAAAACAGGCACUCGACCACUUUAAUGCCGAAGGCUCUGAGGACUUCUGUUUCCUGUUGUCCACAAGAGCCGGAGGCCUGGGAAUCAACCUGGCAUCUGCAGACACGGUGGUCAUCUUUGACUCUGACUGGAACCCGCAGAAUGACCUGCAAGCUCAGGCCAGGGCCCACAGAAUUGGCCAAAAAAAACAGGUGAAUAUCUAUCGUCUGGUAACCAAGGGAACAGUGGAGGAGGACAUCAUCGAACGAGCCAAGAAGAAGAUGGUAUUGGACCAUCUGGUUAUACAAAGAAUGGACACAACUGGACGCACUGUACUGGACAACAACUCGGGAAACUCAAACUCAAACCCAUUUAACAAAGAGGAGCUGACAGCCAUUUUGAAGUUUGGUGCAGAGGAUCUCUUCAAGGAGCCAGAGGGGGAGGAGUCAGAACCACAGGAAAUGGACAUAGAUGAGAUCCUGCGGUUGGCUGAGACCAGAGAAAGUGACCAGGGGUCAAACGCCACUGACGAGCUGCUCUCCCAGUUCAAGGUGGCUAACUUCGCCACCAUGGACGAGAGCACGCCGGAGCUGGAAGCCCCACAGCCGCGGGACUGGGACGACAUCAUCCCGGAGGAUCAGAGGAAGAAGCUGGAGGAGGAGGAGAAGCAGAAGGAGAUGGAGGACAUUUACAUGCUCCCCCGGAGCCGGAGCUCCAACAAGAAGGCUCAAGCCAAUGACAGUGACAGUGAUGUGGGGUCCAAGCUGAAGAACAGGUCCACGGGGUCAGAGAGUGAGACGGAUGACAGUGACGACGAUAAGAGGCCAAAGAGACGGGGCCGCCCACGAGCACGCAAGAACACUGUAGAAGGAUUCACUGAUGCGGAGAUACGCAGGUUCAUCAAGGCUUACAAGAAGUUUGGAGCUCCACUAGAGAGGUUGGAGUGCAUCGCCCGUGACGCUGAGCUGGUGGAUAAGUCCGUAGCAGACCUGAAGAGGCUUGGGGACCUGGUGCACAGCAGCUGUGUCACUGCCGUACAGGAGCACGAGGAACACCUGAAGGAAAACCCCAGCGAAGCAAAGGGUCCGGGGAAACGCAGAGGGAUUAACAUAAAGAUCUCGGGCGUGCAGGUCAAUGCCAAGUCCAUCAUCCAGCACGAGGAGGAGUUUGAGCCCUUGCACAAAGCCAUCCCCUCCAACCCAGGAGAGCGGAACAAGUUCCAGCUGACCUGUCGCGUGAAGCUGCCGCACUUUGACGUGGACUGGGAGCUGGAGGACGACACGCAGCUGCUCCUGGGUGUGUACGAGCACGGCUACGGCAACUGGGACCUGAUCAAAACCGACUCGGAUCUCAAACUGGGCAGCAAGAUUCUUCCAGAUGACCCAAGCAAGAAGCCUCAGGCCAAACAGCUGCAGUCGAGAACAGAUUACCUCCUGAAACUGCUGAAGAAGGAGCUGGAGAGCAAGGACAUUGUAAAGCCGCCAGAGGAGACCAAAGUGAAGAAGAGGAAGCCUCGGGUGAAGAAGGAAAAUAAAGCGCCCAAAGACGACCACGGCAACGACAUGGCCUCUCCGCGGCUCUCAGACCUACCGUCAGAGGAAGGAGAGGUCAAGGAAGAGGGAGGGGAGAAGAGCCCCAGCAAGAAGCGACAGAAGAAGAAGGAUGAUAAAGAGAACAAGGAAAAGCAGGGAACUCCCAAGAAAGAGAAGGAGGGAGAAAAAGACAAGAAGCGUUCCAAGCCAAAAAAGGAAAAGGCCAAAGCGGGUGCUAGGGGGAAGAAGCAGCAAGGUCCCGUUCACAUCACUGCUGGGAGUGAGCCUGUUCCCAUUGGAGAUGAGGAUGAUGAGCUGGACCAGGAGACUUUCAGCAUUUGUAAGGAGAGGAUGAGGCCGGUGAAGAAGGCUCUGAAGCAGUUGGAUAAGCCAGAUGAGGGCCUCUCAGUGCAGGAGCAGCUGCAGCACACCCGCACCUGCCUGCUGAAGAUCGGAGACCGCAUCACAGAGUGCCUCAAAGCCUACAGUGACCCUGAGCACGUCAAGAUCUGGCGCAGAAACCUGUGGAUUUUCGUGUCAAAGUUCACUGAGUUUGGGGCCAGGAAACUCCACAAACUGUACAAGAUGGCACAGAAGAAGCGAUCACAGGAGGAAGAGAAAGAGCAGAAGAAGAAAGAGGAGUCCUCCAGCAGGAAGAAGCCCUUCAGGCCUGAGCCAUCGGGGUCCAGCCGGGACUCCCAGUCCUCCCAAAAGCCCCACCCUUCCCAACCACCCCCUCACGGCCACCACAGGGAGUCAUACAACCAGUCCAACAAAAGACACUUCAGCAAUGAUGAUCGAGGGGAUUGGCAGAGGGACCGGAAGUACAAUUACCCCAGCAACAGCAACCAGUCCUGGCAGGGGGAUCGGCAUCACCCGUACGAUCAGCACCGCUACAAGGAUCAUCACUACAGUGACCGCCGGCCCCACACCGAUGCCUACAGGAGCUCCGGAAACUACCGCAAGCGGCCUUACGACCAGUACGGCAACGACCGGGAUCACCGCGGUCACCGCGACUACUAUGACAGGCACCAGGACCCAAAGAGGCGACGCGGGGAUGAUUUCCGCUCCCAAAACUACCACCAGAGCGGGGCGCAUGGGCAGGACUUCCGCAGAAUGCCAGAUCACCGCAACCAGCCCAACCACAGCUCCAUGGGUCCUGAACACUAUCGGCCCUUCCACCAGGACAAGCCCGGAGGGGGGGAGUACAAGCCACCCCCCCUCCUGGACCCCCGCUCCCCACAGAAGCAGCAGUCCCCCCCCGACUCCCGCUCGCCGCCCGAACGGACCGCUGAGCCCAAAAACGCCACCGGCGAUUUUAACUGGAACAGCCGUAAGACAUGAGGGACGGGGGGGCUGGGACUGAGCAUGCCUAGUACGACCUGCACAUGCUGGGGGAAAAAAGUUCACAAAGAGGGAAAAAGAUGGUUUGGCAAGGAAACGGACAUGCGUGCUGCUUAAAAGAAAUAGGCCAGUCCCUUUGACCCAGACUUGUUCACUUCUCUUUUGUAGUCAAGCUCUUGGCUUUAUUUGCUAAUUGACUUACCAAGUUGUGGGUGGACAGAGGACUAGAGCACCCUUGACCAGCAACCACUCCCUCCACACCAGGUUGGUUAUCAUUUAAACCUGACUGCGGUGAAGGUAUUUGGCACAGAUGUAACUCCAGAUGUUGGAAAAGGUGUCCUUCUGGAAUUGAGCUAAAGCAACAGAAGCCGUGUGGAGGUCUGAAAUUAGACAGUCAUCUUCGACACUGUUAAUCUGAGCAGUGAGUCUUCGUCUGGCCUGCCCUUGGUCUAGAGGAGUGUGAAUUGUACAGACGACUGUUUAGUCCCAUGGACUGUUUCUGGGGAGGGAUCAAUGCCUUCAUGUUAAACUUGACUUUGUUCUGGAAUAUGAAAGUGCCUCACACACUUGGCCUAUCUUUUGAAAGAUAUUAUAUGUUGAGGGAUAUAAAUAAUAUAUAUGUACAUAUAUAAUUGUUUUGUUAUUCCUAAUGCAGCAGUUUUGAUUUAGUGCCAUUUUUUCCGAAAGCAGUCCCCUCUCCCCAUCAGUGUAAGGGUUUGUUCACUCGCAUCUUCUGGACCUCGGAGAGACACUUAAUUUGGAAGAGUUGGUGUGGACCUUAUGUGUACAGAGUGUGUAGGUAUUGACUUCAGAGGAAAUGAUAGCAGUAUGUCUCGUGCAGGCGGGAAAGCUAGACAAGACCUCCCAGAAUUCUCCACCCUCCACCUGUUAACUGAAUGUUCUAUAACGCAAGACCGUUUCUGUUGACUGUCCUGCUGUUGUAAUUGUUUGAAUACGUGUUUAAGACGAGCAAGGUUAACCCUCCCCUCCAAUGGUGUUCACCCUGUGGAGGUGAGAAGGAUAAUAGUGUGUUACAUUUGCCUGAUCUCAUCAGUAUUUAUGGCUAACACAGACUGAGAGCAAAUGAUCACAACACUACAACUGUAAUUAAGCUAUUCUAAUUGACCCCUUCUCCCCCGUGCGCAGUGGAUGAAUAAUUUAUACUUUAUUUCCACAGCCAAUUAAGAACUAUGAGAAUUGUGCAGCUUGUCUUGCACUAGGAGUAGUACAGUAUUCUGCAACAUGAAUUAUAUUUCACGUAUUACCACACAAUUAAAGGAAAUGUUCCUUUUUUUAAAAGGGGGGAAAAAAUGAAUAUAUGUUUAAUUAUGCCUUUUGAACCACACAAAACCAUGAAAUUGCCAAGUGGUUUGUGUGAAGGUCUUGGUGAGUAUUGAUAAAGGAAAGGGGAGGGAAAUGAAAGAAUGAGGUUCGAGUGCCAUAUCGCAGGCUGUUCUGUCUCAUGAUCGUCCAGUGGUGUUGUUUGCUUCUCCAGCUGUGCCUUAUUCUCGUUCAUUGACCUGUAUGUGUCCAUGAGUACAGUUAUUACAGACGUCAUUGUCGAUAAACACAGAGGGGAAGCAGUAUUAAAUUGUCGUGAAAUCAUUUUCAUGUGUGGUAUGAAAAGGCCUCUUGAGCCCGGGGGUGUUACGGUUGGGGUACGGAAGAGAGGUUGCGGGUCGGGUUUUGUAAUUUUUCUUGAGUCCAAAGAGUCGCAAGGAAGCAUAUGGUUGCACAGAAGAACCGGCAGGUGGCAUUUCUCAAAACCACUGGCAACUGUAAGCAAGGGGAUGGGCGUCCCGGCUGACUGGCUCAUCUCCUUGGCAUUUUUCUUUUCUUUUUUCUUUUUUUCUUUUUUUGUUCCUUGUUUCCUGAUGUGUACUCUUUUCUGAAGCAAACUUUGAAGAAACCAAUGGAAAUAAUUUAUAUUUGUGAGAAAGCCACUGUCCACGUAAAUGUUGAUGUAAAUAUGUCGUUUAUAGACCUAUAUGCAUUAAAUUUUCCUACAUUAUGAAA